GUCCGCCUCUGGGGAUAACCGUCCCAGUUGCCGGAGAAACAAUCGGGUCAGGGCUUAAUAACUCACCGGUGAUUGGUGAUGAGGACGAAAGCGGGUUCCCCGGGCCGCCUCUGCCUUUUUAGCUCUUAAGGUUAAAUUUAAAAGCCCAGGUGACUCGUGGAAAUCUGUGCUGCAUGAUGACAGCGACGAUGAAGCUGGUGAGCAGAGUCCGGCGGCUGGGCUGUGUGCUGGCCUUUUGCUUCCUGGCCCUGUUUCUCUGGGAGCUCCCUGGGGCCCGGGCCCUCGACAAUGGCUUGGCGAUGACCCCUACCAUGGGCUGGCUGCACUGGGAGCGCUUCAUGUGCAACGUGAACUGCCAAGAAGAGCCGGAUUCCUGUGUCAGUGAGAAGCUCUUUCUGCAGAUAGCUGAGAUCAUGGCCUCAGAUGGCUGGAAGGAUGUAGGCUAUGAGUACCUCUGCAUUGAUGACUGUUGGAUGGCUCCCGAAAGAGAUUCAGAAGGCAGACUUCAGGCAGACCCUAAACGCUUUCCUGGUGGGAUCCGCCGCCUCGCUAAUUAUGUCCAUAGCAAAGGACUGAAGCUAGGGAUUUAUGCAGAUGUUGGAAAUAAAACCUGCGCUGGCUUCCCUGGGAGUUUUGGAUACUAUGACAUUGAUGCCAAGACCUUUGCUGACUGGGGAGUAGAUCUGCUAAAAUUUGACGGUUGUUACUGUGACAGUAUAAAACAUUUGGCAGAUGGUUAUAAGCACAUGUCCUUGGCCCUGAACAGGACUGGCAGAAGCAUUGUGUACUCCUGUGAGUGGCCCCUUUAUAUGUGGCCCGUUUUUAAGCCCAAUUACACAGAAAUCCGAGAGUACUGCAAUCACUGGAGAAAUUUUGCUGAUGUUUAUGAUUCUUGGCAAAGUAUAAGGAGUAUCUUGGACUGGACAACUUCUAACCAGGAGAGGAUUGUUCCUGUCGCAGGACCAGGAGGUUGGAAUGAUCCAGAUAUGUUGGUGAUUGGCAACUUUGGCCUCAGCCGGGAUCAGCAAAUAACUCAGAUGGCCCUCUGGGCUAUCAUGGCAGCUCCAUUACUCAUGUCCAAUGACCUCCGACACAUCAGCCUUGAAGCCAAAGCCCUUCUUCAGGAUAAGGAUGUAAUUGCCAUCAACCAGGACCCCUUGGGCAAGCAGGGGUACCGGCUUAGAAAGGAGGACAACUUUGAGGUGUGGGAACGCCCUCUCUCUAACUUAGCCUGGGCUGUGGCUAUGGUAAACCUGCAGGAGAUUGGUGGACCUCGUUCUUACACCAUCUCUGUUACUUCCCUGGGUCAAGGACUGGCCUGUAAUCCUGACUGCCUGAUCACACAGCUCCUCCCUGUGAAGAGGAAGCUUGGGUUUUAUGAAUGGACUUCAAGUUUAAAAACUCAAGUAAAUCCCACAGGUACUGUUUUGCUUAGGCUAGAAAGAGCAAGCUAGACUGCAUUAAAAAGCUUCCUUUAAAAUGUAUUAUUUUGUUGCCAAAGUGACUACCCCACUUUUGUCCACCUUCAGCUGUUCUUAUUUCCUUGAGUAAAAGUUUCUACACUUGAGGGUUUUUUUUGUUUGUUUUGCUGUACGCGGGCCUCUCACUGUUGUGGCCUCUCCCGUUGCGGAGCAAAGGCUCCAGACGCGCAGGCUCAGCGGCCAUGACUCAUGGGCCCAGCCGCUCCGCAGCAUGUGGGAUCUUCCUGGACCGGGGCACGAACCCGUGUCCCCUGCAUGGGCAGGCGGACUCUCAACCACUGCGCCACCAAGGAAACACCCUACACUUGAGCUUUGUGGUGAUUACUACUUCUAAAGCUAUCUGGAGAACAUUUUUGGGGAAAAGCCUUUGAACCUAAUGUAAACUGCUGAGAAAUAAUAGCUUAAUAAUAUAAGUAAAAUAAUAAUUUACGGACAUACCUCAUGUCAUUCCACUUCACAAAUACUGUGGGGUUUUCUUUGGUUUUGGGGUUUUUUAACAAAUUGAAGGUUUGUGGCAACCCUGCAUGUAUGAGAAGUCUAUUUGACCCUAUUUUUCCAACAGCAUUUGUUCAUUUCAUCUGUGUCACAUUUUGGUAAUUCCUGCAAUAUUUCAAAUUUUUUCAUUAUUAUUAUAUUUAUCAUGGUGAUUGCAAUGUUAUUACUGCAAAAAUAUUGUUUCUCUGAAGGCUUAGAUGAUGGCUAGCAAUAAAGUAUUUUUAAAUUAA